AUGAAAUCUUCCCUAUCGGACCUAGUUCGCAUGGUCGGCCAUAUGCGCAGAUUCUUCAACAAUGCAAAGAAGACGGAUCAUACAACAAGACACAACGGACCUCUGUCAACGGUUGAACUCGAGGAAGCGUUAGUCAGUCUUGUUAAACUCGCCCAACAAGAAUCUUUUGUCGAGGAGUUGCGUUCGAUCCGUGCAACCGGACAAGUGAAGCAAUCGUCUAAGGUGAAGGGUCUCUCCCCCGUACUCAUUGAUGGUGUUCUUCGCACACGAGGUCGGCUCAAUAAUGCAGCUAUACCGUACGCUCAAAAGCAGCCAAUGAUCCUUGACAACAAACAUCCUUUCACGCUGUUAGUUGUUCGGUAUUAUCAUCUGAGUCGACUACACGCGGGACCAACACUACUCAGCGCCAUCGUUCGGUCAAAAUUUUGGCCUCUUUGCUUACGUGAUCUCGUGCGAAAAGUCACUCAUGAAUGCAUCACAUGUUUUCGCACCCGACCCAGUACAAGCGAGCAAAUAAUGGCAGAUCUUCCUUCCGUGCGAGUAUCACCAACAUUUCCGUUCCUGAACGCUGGAGUAGAUUUUUGCGGUCCAUUUUACCUUCGCCCGCCUUCGCGGAAGGCUGCCCCACUGAAGACAUUUGUGGCAGUAUUCGUCUGCCUAUCAACCAAAGCAGUACAUCUUGAGUUGGUAGGCAACCUUUCUACUGAAUCGUUCAUAGCGUCAUUAAAGAGAUUUGCAGCACGUCGGGGAGUACUGAAAAACAUCUAUUGCGAUAACGCUACCAACUUCGUCGGAGCUCGUCGAAUACUUAACGAAUUUCUACAACUGUUUAAAUCCCAGCAGAACCGUUUGGAUGUCACACGUCAGUGUUCCACUGAGGGCAUCCAAUUCUCGUUCAUACCUCCAAGGUCACCGCACUUCGGGGGUAUCUGGGAAGCCGCAGUCAAAUCCCUCAAGACACACCUUCGACGAACAUUAGCCAACGCCUUGGUUACCACCGAGCAAUUUCACACGCUCUUAACGCAGGUCGAAGCGCUUCUCAACUCUCGGCCUUUGACGCAGCUUAGCAACUCACCAGAGGACUUGGACGUCCUCACUCCAGACCAUUUUUUGGCGCACAGACCUCUGACGCCUCUGGAAGCGGUGGUCGAUGGAAUAUCUGUCGGGACUACAACAGCGCACCCGUUGGACCCGUGA